GCGUUCCAGAACAUGAACUCGAAGAGGAAAGCAGAAACAUGGAAACGAAACAGGAGACAGUUGGCCUUCUCCACUGUUGGAACCCCUGACUACAUCGCUCCAGAAGUGUUUAUGCAAAAUGGGUAUAACAAGCUUUGUGAUUGGUGGAGUUUGGGCGUUAUUAUGUAUGAAAUGCUGAUAGGUUACCCUCCAUUUUGCUCUGAGACGCCUCAGGAAACUUACAGGAAAGUGAUGAACUGGCAGGAAACUUUGACAUUUCCACCUGAGGUCCCAAUUUCAGAAAAGGCCAAGGAUCUGAUCCUCAGGUUCUGCUGUGAGAGUGAGCACAGGAUUGGAGCCACUGGAGUGGAGGAGAUCAAAACUAACCCUUUCUUUGAGGGAGUGGACUAUGACCAUAUCAGGUAAACUGUCAUCACACACA